CGCCGGCCUACGACGUUCGCGCCUUGAAUCCUCGCUGCUGAGUCAACCGGAGUCGCCGAUCGCGGGUGGAUCGGCUCGCGCGUGCGGCGGCGAGACAUGCGGAGAGAAGAGAGAACGACGGAGAGCUACGAGCAGCUACGAGCGAGCGAGGAUUUAACCGAGAUCGGGGUCAAGCGGUCGAUCGCGCGGACGUAGAGGUUCGUACCGCCACUGGCGGGAAGGAGGCGAGGAAAAAAGCACGAGAGAGAAAGAGAGAGAAAGAGAUAAUGAUGUAACGAAUCGCGUAUCGCGCUUGUAAAACAGUUUGUCACGGUUGGCCUUCAGCCCGCGCGAUACGCGCGUAUACGUGCACGCCUGCCGCUGUCGCGGGGGAAAAGUGGCACGUGUGGCUGUUGACCGAGGUGGCGGUUCCCUCGAUACGUGUCGUUGGGUUGAUCGACCUCGCUGGGUGACCGGUCGACGGACGUGGUCUCGACCUGAACACGCCGGGACCACGGGCAGGCGAGGUGCAAGCGGAACAUGGUACGCCGUGGCUUGGGCGACGCGGACCGUCACGUUCGCUGAAUUCGCACCGUCCUGGUCGCGUCUCUCGCGAGCGGUACGUGCGCCAACGAUUACUAGCUGCUCGGAGCUUACGCUCCCUCCUCGGGCAGGAUGAGCCAGCUGCAGACGAAUCUGAUCGCCGCCGCUAUCGGGGCGACCAUCGGCGUCAUCAGCGCGGCCAGUAUCUUUAUUUAUCAGAAGGUCCUGGAGAAGCAGCAGCACGCCAUGAAGAACGAACACCUGGACGAAGUCGAUCGUCGCCUCACCGAGCUGCAAGCGGAACUGGAGAGAUUGAGAGUACAACAAAAUCAACAGAGAAAGAAGAAGAAGGUUAACUCCAAACGCGAUAACGACAGCACGUACGUUACAACGGACAAUGAUACCGAUUUGGAUUUCUCGACGGCGGGCGACGACGAAUAUUUCGACUGUUCCGACAGCGAAAAUGGUAUAAGUGACAUCGAGAACAGGACAACUGAAGCCACCUGCCCUGGAUUAGACCUCGCCGUUCUCGAUGCGCAGCACCAGCAGGGCGGGCGCGAAGAGGAUGAUUACCUUCAGCUACGAAGCCUCAUAGACACGUAUCCAGAUAGUGUAGACGUAGUCUGGAGAUUUGCCAGAAGUUGUUACAAAUAUUCAAAUUGCACCACCGACGCAAAUGUAAGAAAAGCCGUUAUUUGUGCAGGAAUUGACGCCUGCGAAAAGCUUCUCGACGUAGCGAAUGCAGAUCUGCACAAAUGGUGCGCUAUACUCGUAGGCGUAAACGGUGAUUUUCUGCCGACGGCGGAGAGGAUAAAAAACGGUUACCGUUUCAAGGAGCACGUAAUGAGAGCCUUGGAGAUACGUCCGAAUGAUGCCGACCUGCAUCAUCUACUCGGUAGAUUCAGAUACGAGGUGGCUAACUUAAGCUGGAUAGAGAGAAAGAUUGCUGCAACGUUAUUUUCGGAGCCACCAAGUGCCUCGUACGAAGAUGCGAUUGAUAGCUUCCAGAAAGCGGAGGACUUCUCGGUCAAAAUAAAUCUGGAGAACAGGCUGUUCCUAAGCAAGUGUUACAUAGCACUGGGCAACUACGAACCGGCCUGUCAGUGGUUGGAGAAAAUUUGCAACAUGUCAGUCACGAGCGAAGACGAUGCGAGAGUACAGAACGAUGCGCGUCAACUUCUCGCCAAGUACUCGGGAUAUUAGUAGCGCAAACCUAAAAUCUUACAGAUCUGUGUAUCCAUUCCACAAACGUAUUUGCAAAUACAUUAAUCGCGCGAUGAGCGUAAGGAGCAGCUGAAUUGCGAGGCGAGGGAAGAAAAGCGUAUAAAUAAUUUUAAUUAUAAGGUGGGGGAGGUACGCGAUUUUACCACGGACGAACUUUUAUAUGAGACUGUACGAAAUGGCUGCUACUUGUCUUUGGAAUAAAAAGAUACGCAGCGGCGUGGGAUGUUUUAUUAGGGAAUAUCUUUGUGACGAGAUACGUUUUAGAAUCGCCAUUUUACUGUAUAAAUAUUUGGGCCUACCGUGGUUUAUUCUGUCAGUUAUAUAGACUUACAAAAUUUAUUAUGUUGAUUUUACCUUUCUAUUGUCUGUUUCCUAAUAAAUGACAGCACAAUGAGCACCGUC